AUGUCUGGGCCUUCAGUCUCAGCUAUUCCGAAGACUAUCCUGAAUCCGCAAGAAUCGGCAAGUAGUACUUAUUCAUCCAGUGCAUGUAUUGUCGAGGAAUUCGAAAAGGAAACUAGCUCAUUCCAAAAACGGCUUCAAAGUAUACCGAAUGGCGGGGUAGUAGAGGGUGAGAAUGGAAACGAACGUCUCCCCACGACUUCAGCACACAAACUAGACGACACUCGCCCAAAAUUCAAUGAGCCUUCCGGUUCAACCACUCAAAUUUUACCGCUCCGACUAUAUGGUACAAAUGAAAGGCCUGAAAAAGCGCAUCUAUCGCAACCAACCAUCAUAUCAUCUGAUGUUAGCUCGGUAUCUCAAUUAUCAGUGAAAACUUCUUUUCCUCUAGAUAUACCGAAUCCAAAACAAAUCCAUACAGUUUCAAUUGAAGAAUAUGUAGAAAAUGAUGAUGUACCAGCGGUAGUCCCAUUGCAUUACUAUCACCAAACUCAAUUAUCCGAAAACUCAGGACCCCCUCCGACACGAUCCGAAGAAAAUAAUGAGGAGGGCAAAACUAUUAAUCGACAUCUUUCUCCAACUUCCCAGUUGAGAGCACGGAUUUUCAGUCAAAGACCAGCGUCUGCUUCCGCAAACACUGAGUUGAGACCAAAAAGUCGUCCUGGUGCCCGUCACUCUUCCGGCUCGCCACACCUAGGGCACCGAGCACAAUCUGCUCAAUCAGGCCGCUCAAUAGAUGGAAGACCAAUUUCUUAUGUUGAUUUAGCUAACACAUCAUAUCCUCAAGGCUCACCGGCAACUGUUUCCCUCGACAAUUCCCAACUUCGGUCAGUCAUUGGAUCCAAUGCAUCUCUCCUCAGUACUGCAAAAACUAUUGAGAUGUAUCGUCAAAAUGUAAAAAAACUCAACGACGCUGAGACACAAUAUGCUUUUGCAUUAUUUUUAACAAAAGCUGCUCAGGAAGCCGGCCUGAACCAAGAAUCGAAUACUAUCGCAAGGAAAUCUCACCCUAGACAGGGUAGCCGCGACCUCGACAAUCAAGACAAUGAGCAACCUUCUAGCUCGCCCCAGGAACUUCUUCAAGAGGCAAAAAACAUACUGCAAAAGCUAGCUAAUCAGAGCUAUCCAUUUGCGCAAUACUAUCUAGCUGAUGGAUAUGCUUCUGGACUUUUUAAUAAAGGCAAGGGCGAUUACUCAACUGCCUUUCCUCUUUUCAUUGCUGCAAGCAAACAUGGUCACGCCGAAUCUGGUUAUAGAGCUGCACUUUGUUAUGAAUUUGGAUGGGGAUGUAGAAAAGACUUUGCAAAGGCGGUACAGUUCUAUCGGCAAUCCGCCUCAAAAAAUCAUCCCGGCUCAAUGACUCGCCUUGGCAGAGCAUGUCUCUCUGGAGAUCUUGGUAUGAGUGGUAUGAACAAACAUCGAGAAGGCUUAAAGUGGCUUAAGAGGGCCACGGAGUCUGCAGAUCAACAGUACAAUGCGGCACCAUAUCACCUUGGGAUCCUUUAUGAGAAUGGCUAUGGAGACGACGUAUUUAAGGACGAAGUAUACGCUGCUCAGCUUCUCACCAAAGCUGCUGAUCUAGGACACUCCGAAGCAUGCUUCCGUCUUGGAGAUGCCUACGAGCACGGAAGGCUAUCCUGUCCUCGAGACCCAGCACUUAGUGUUCAUUUCUAUACUAAUGCAGCACAAGCGGGACAUUCGGGCGCCAUGAUGGCAUUAUGUGCCUGGUAUAUUGUUGGUGCAGAAGCUGUCCUUGAGAAAGAUGAAAACGAGGCCUAUGAGUGGGCGCGGCAAGCUGCUGCUUGUGGUUUAGCCAAAGCAGAAUAUGCUAUAGGAUAUUUUACAGAAAUGGGCAUUGGAACUCGCAGAGAUCCUCUCGAAGCCAAUGUAUGGUACGUUAAAGCGGCUGAAUCAGGCGACGAGCGUGCUAGUCUUCGGCUGGCUGCUAUCCGAGCUGCUGCCAGCGGAGGAACACCAAUGGAAGUUGCCCCUCCACGCAAUGGUGCUAAAAUUAAAAAGGCCAGCAUUAGUAAUGUCAAGGCGGAUCAUAAUGAAAAAGAUUGUGUGGUAAUGUAA